CCUUCUCCCACAAUGAUUGCAUCGGCUCACUAGUAGGCAUGAGCUACUAGUGUAGCGCUUGCUUAUAUGUGGCCGAAACUGUAGAAGGGCUGAGGUGCGAUCAUGAACAAAUUCAGGCUGCAAUCACCGUGUACGUAUACCUACUCAUUUCGAAGAGUGCAGGAAGGCAGUUUCCGGACUCCGUUGCAUGUGGGCCGGUACUAGACCAGUCGGUCAGAGAGCCGCUCCGAGUCUGAUCCCACGCGCAGAUAGCAUGGGUACCACAAGCGUUAAGUAUUAGCGGGGUACUCGACUGACAGUACUGCCACGCCGCUGUCUCUCCCUCAUACGUCCCCAGACAGUGGAUGUUAUACUAGAUGAUGUCGGACCUUGACGUCAGUUCAGCACCGGUACAGGCUCUCAGUGGAGUUGAUCCAUCCGACGCUCCCAUCCAUGCCUUUGGCACAGACGUCGAAACGGUACCCCGCAUACUGUAUGGCGCAAAUAAUGACCGCCACGGAGAUCGUGAUGAUGGUGAAGAUCACUGUCAUCUUCACGCGACCAGACAAAUCAGCAAAGAACGGUCUCUCCAAGGCUCCUUGCCGCUGACCCUUUCUGAUCGCAUCCCAAUCGAGACCUUCGAAAACAUCAUCGACUGGAUGGAAAGCCACGCCCUGCUCGCCGCGGCAUUAGUCAGUCGGGUCUGGCAUCCUCGCGCCGUUCAUAACCUCUAUCAUACCGUGCGUCUCCAGUCACGCAAAGACUUCGACCUUCUGGUUCAUCAGCUGCAAACGUCACCUCGCAUCAAGCAGAGGUUAUCAACCACUCGUGAACUAUGUGUUCAUCGCGACUAUCCUGAUCUAUUUCAUCGCGACUAUCGUCGAGCCUGCUUGGAGCAAGGCCUCGACUCCCUAAAUCUGGAUGUCCUGCCUAUUGUCUUUGCCAAUUCACUGCCCGCUCUGCGAGUGCUCGACAUCGCUGGGUUUUCGCAUCCUCCCAUGCACCCAACUUUCUACCUUGCAUUGUCUCACUUCAAGCACGUUACAUCGUUGCGGUUGCAUGGCAUCAUGCUUAGAAACGUUACUCAGCUGCAACAGAUCAUCUGCGCGCUCCUGGGGCUGAAAGAAGUCGUUUUGGAACUCCUGAUACCGAUACAUCAGUUCUCUGGUACACGAUUCCGGACUCCAUGUGAAACGCGACUCAAGCGACUCGAAGUCCAUGCAGACCCGGCGGACUCAGAUGAACUGAUCACAAGCAUACAUCCAUUCGAUCCAAUUAUCACCUGGCUUGUAGACUCAGGAGUCUGCAGCUCCCUCUCCGAAUUGGUGAUAUCCCGGGUCUUCAGAGAUGAUCCCUACCCGGGCCCCUACCCGCGUUACCGCUACUGCUCGAACGGUCUUUUAGCCAAACAAGUUAAUCGACUGCUCGAGACGAGUGGGUCAUCUCUGACCUCUUUUCGUGGUGAUCAAAAUGAAUUCCGCUUCCGUGACUCUCGAUCUCCUUUCAGUCUAGUGCACAACACGACUUUAAGUCAAUUGAUAUUGUACCUCUACCCUCGGGCUGGACGGAAGACACGCGCGUGGCAAUUGGCAAGCCAGCUGCAUGCUAUCCUUUACACCGUUCGGAGCCAUGAGCUUCGUCACAUCGCCAUCCAUCUCAGGGGCCUGAGCCCCGAGAACCUCAAGGAGCAUGACCUCGCUGACACUCCGGCUUUGCGGAACUAUCACGACGUCAUGGAGAAGCCGUGCUUCCGCGCAUUGACGGACGUCCACGUCAAGUUAGAAUUUACUUCUAGGCCUCAUGCACAUGACCUACUCUGCAACGAUGCGCACAAACUGGACUACCUCGCGAUGUUGACGAAGACCAUAUUCCGGCCGAUGCUCUUACCGUGGCAUGAUCGUGGUAUAGUCAGCAUCGAUUACGCGGGGUAGAGGAUGCUCAGUCGCUCCGCACAUAAUCCUUGAUAAUGACGCAUGGCUUAUUACGCACAAACACCAUCGUAUACCAUACCUACAUCAUCUUCACGCCCUCCCCGUCUAUCGAAAAUCAGACCAACGUGCUCCGGGAGCUACCGAAUCCC